UUCUCUCAAUCAGUUCAUGCUAUCGGUAUCGUACAUGACCUAAACAUAAAUAUCGCCCUGUCGCAUGCUGAGUUUGCCGUCUUGCCCUCACGACUAGGCUGCCAAGAUAGAGCCUAUCCACGUCUCUUCAGUUGGGCCCGCCCCUGCCUUCUUUCAAGCCUCCGCCCGCCCCCUCAGCUGCAACUAUUCUGCAUGGGCCUGUGACGGGCUGUAAAUUGGAGCCUUUGGACCCCGCUCGGCACGGAGAAUCGCUCAGCAAAAACCUUUGGGAGGGUACGAUGAACGACCAUUGGACUUAUCUCCCUUACCAUCGACCAUCGAGUCGUGCUGAAUUUGAUGCAUGGUUGCAAGAACGCAGAGCAACCCGACCCGACCCGUUCAUCUAUGCGAUUGUCGAUUCGCACGGCGAAGCACAAGGGAUUAUCGCCUACCUGAAUGGAAGCCCUAAGAAUGGAAGCAUCGAGACAGGGCACGUCCUCUUCGGUCCCAAUCUACAGCACACCAAGCUGGCAACAGAAGCACAAUGUGCCUUGGCCAAGCACGCCUUCGAGGAUUUGGGCUACAAGCGUCUGGAGUGGAAAUGCGAUUCUCUCAAUGUGCACUCUAAGCGCGCGGCAGAGCGGCUCGGUUACAGCUAUGAAGGCCUCUUUCGGAGUCACUGGAUCUACAAGGGUAGGGGAAGGGACACAAUCUGGCUCGCCAUGGUAGACUACGACUGGCCUGUGAUCAAGAGAGGCUUUGAAACCUGGCUGGCGCCCGAAAACUUUGACAAACACAGCAGGCAGGUGCGCAACCUGGAAGCAUGCAGGAAGCAAGCGGUCACGGAUAUGAAAGCGAAUGAGAAUGCGCCAUGAUUGAAUCACGAAGGUCAAAACAUGUAGACGAGAUUUUGCAGCGUCAGAUAAACCUUUAUACAUGUGAUGGGAAG